AUGCAGAUGGAGGAAGAUCCGAGCAGCCGAUUCGUCGACUUUACAAACGCAACAGACCUGGAGCAGUAUAUCUCGGAUACAGAACAGGCGUUGAUAGGUUGGCAUCUGGACAACAAGGGCCAUGCAUCGCUCGAGACGCUGAAUGGCAUUUCUGCCAAACGGCUACGACCUCAAAAGCGGCGCCAAGCUGCAGCUUUAGACGCCGCCGUGUGGGCGAAAAAACUGCAACAUCAAUUGCCAGGAACCAAGAUGCGUAACGGCUAUACACUGACAUUGUUUGUAGCCAGACACCACGACACACGGCAGAACGAAGAGCCUAAUGCUUCCGUUUAA